GGGAGAUAGACGAAUUUCUCUGGGAAAUUAAUUUUUAAUCGUUCGAUAAAGAAGGAAGACCGGCCAAGUUGGUUCUCUUAGUCAACCAACGAGAAGUUUCUGACGAGAGUCGAUUUCUAAAGGGGCUUCAAGGAUGCCUUUGAAGAGCUUCCGAAGUAGUUUUGCGGCGAAACUACUAAAAGAUAAACAGCCGAGCAAGAUGACAAGCGGUCAGGAUGGCACCAACGAGGAUUGCUAUCGGGAGACGACCAAUGUGCGGAAACAUGCCGUUGUCGGUGAGCUCGAAGAAAUGAAAACGGCAAUACCGAUCUACGAGAAAAAUUCACGUUCGAGGGAGCUGAUAAAGCGCGCAAUUUCGGAAAAUAAAUUUCUCGGGAAUCUAAAAAAAGCCGAAAUCGAGCAGCUCACGUCCGCGAUGCAACCGCGAGAGGUCUUAGCUAAUACGAGGCUCAUUCAAGAAGGCGAAAAAGGGUCACAUCUGUACGUAUCGGAAAGUGGCAAUUUUGAAAUUUACGUGGGAAAAACGUAUUACGGAAGAUUCGGAAUCGGAGUCGCCUUCGGUGAACUCGCCUUGCUCUACAAUAUGAGAAGAUUGUGCUCUAUUGAUGUACAAACGAAUGGGAAAGUAUGGGUACUCGAUAGAAAGAGCUUUCACGCUAUAAUGUCGGCGUCCAUGAGGGAAUCCACGGAAUACAAUAUUCAAAUGCUUCGGCAGAUCGAGAUUCUGAAAGAGCUGCCGGAGGAAGUGCUUUCAAAGAUGUCCGAUCUGAUAAUCGUUGAAUUCUUUCGAGGCAAUACCCAUAUUUUUUCCGAAGGCGACCCAGGCGACAAGUUUUACAUAGUUAAUUGUGGCAAUAUAAAGAUCACCAAGAAGAAAUCGUACGGGGCCGACGACGAGCUUAUCAUCCUCGAGAAGGGUGAUUAUUUUGGAGAGAAGGCGCUUUAUGGGGACAAAUGUCGUAGACAGGCAAACGCGAUAGCCCUGCCGCCUGGCGCCGAAUGUUACACCAUCGAUAGGCAAUCGUUCAUCGAUUAUCUCGGCGGAUUAGAAUCGAUCAAGAACAAGAUAUGGGAGAUAAAGAGAAGGCCGAUCGUUAACGACAAUUGGAAGGAGGAAUUUCAGAAUUUGUCCCUGGCCGAUAUGGAAGUCGAGGGUACGAUCGGUAAAGGUGGUUAUGGUAGGGUAGAAUUGGUGACCAUCACGUCAUUGCCGUGUAUUAGUUUUGCUAGGAAAAAAGUUAGGAAGAACAUGAUCACGAAAAUGAAGUUGCAAAAGUUGAUCUACAAUGAAAAGUACAGCCUGAUGGCUUGCAGUUCUCCUUUUAUCUGCAGAUUGUUACGAACGUUCAAAGACAAGAGAUAUCUUUAUUUCCUUAUGGAGGUCUGCCUCGGCGGGGAUUUGCGAACGGCAUUGCAGAGAAAAGUUCGUUUCCCAUCUUCCGAAGUCAAGUUUAUCGUCGGUUGCAUCGUCGAGGGCAUCCAUCACUUACACUCGCUCGGUAUCAUUUAUAGAGAUCUCAAACCCGAGAACAUAUUGAUCGACCAGAACGGCUAUGUGAAACUCACCGACCUUGGAUCGAGCAAGUUCAUUGGCCCUUACAAGACUAUGACGUACGUCGGUACUCUCGAGUAUUUAGCUCCGGAAGUCAUUCAGAGUUUGGGAUACAAUAGGGCUGCCGAUUAUUGGUCAUUGGGCAUUGUCAUUUACGAGCUGUUGCUAGGUUGGACUCCGUUUCAAGGUAUCAACGAAGUCGACGUGGGUAACAAUAUCAUCGCGGGUAUUGAGACGGUCGAAAUGCCAAAGAUACUCUCCCAUUCAGCCAAAGAUAUUAUUCAACGUUUGCUCGAGGCAGAUCCUACGAAAAGACUCGGUUACUUGCGAAACGGUGUCGCGGAUGUUCGUCAUCACAGAUGGUUCAAGGAUUUAAAUUGGAGAUCGUUACAAAAUCUGUCCAUAUCCUCGCCCAUCAAACCUACGGUGAAACAUCAUCUUGAUAGAAGGAAUUUCGAGAGAUAUCCGAUCGAUCGCGAGUUGGCGCCAUUGGAUUUUUCAGAUUGGGACGAAAACUUUUAAGGACAAGCAUAAUCAAACUCACUUUGAGUUUAAUUUUAUAUUUCUAA